CCAAAUGGCUCAAGGCUUCAUUCUCAUUCUAAUCUUGUUUUCAUCCAUUUUAUCUCCUCAAGUUCAUGGUUGCAGCAAAACUGAAAGCGCUUCUCUCUUGUCCUUCGUCGUCACACUGUCUUCUCCUUCCCUGAAUUGGACUUCCAAUAAUUGUUGUUACUGGGAAGGAAUCACUUGUAAUCUAGAUGGUUUGGUCACUCAUUUGAGGUUACCCUCCAAAGGUCUCAAAAACAAUGGAGAUACUUUUUCUCUAUCAUUUCUAAAAAAUCUAACACAUCUUGCUCAUCUGAAUCUCUCUCACAAUUCCCUUUAUGGUUCCGUAGAUCAAAUUGGUUCCUUGUUUCUUGAGGUCAUUGAUUUAAGUAAUAACCUUCUCUCGGGAGAGCUACUACAUGUUUUACCAUCCACUUCUAUCAAAGUUGUGGAUUUGUCCCAUAAUCACUUCACUGGUCCAAUUUCAUCAUCAUUCUUUCGACUAUCUAGGAAUUUGACUAGUUUUCGUGUCAGCAACAAUGCCUUCUCAGGGUCUCUCCCAUCCUCUAUUUGUCUUCGUUCUUCAUCCAUGAUUUCGCUUUUAGAUUUUUCAUUCAAUGAAUUCAAUGGCAGUCUAUCUAGUGGAUUAGGGCAGUGUUCAAAACUGAAGGUUUUUCGUGCCGGGAACAAUAACCUUUCAGGAAUGAUUCCAGAAGAUUUCUAUAAUGCUACCACACUUGAAGAAAUUGCAUUACCUUUAUGUUCCCUUUAUGGAGUCAUUAGUGAUAGGGUUGCCAACCUUACUAAUCUCUCAAUCCUUAACCUAUAUUUUAAUCAAUUGAGCGGUGUGCUUCCUUUCCAUUUUAGCAAGCUCUCCAAGUUGAAACUUUUGCUCCUUCAUUUUAACAGUCUUGAAGGUACUGUGCCUCCAUCAUUGAUGAAUUGCACAAGCCUUACAGAAUUAAAUUUAGGAUUCAAUCGGUUAGAAGGGGAUAUUUCUACUUUUAAUUUCUCCAAAUUAGGUCAACUUAGUAAACUCGACCUAGUGCAUAAUCAUUUCACUGGUCCCUUCCCAAUGAGUCUUUAUUCAUGCAAGUCUUUGAAAGGAAUUCGACUUUCACGUAAUGAUAUAGACGGGCAAAUACAACCUCUGAUUCUUUCAUUGAAGUCCUUGUCCUUUCUCUCGCUUGCUAAUAUUAGAUUGACCAAUAUCACAAAAGCAAUGAAUAUACUGAAGCAUUCCAAAAGACUCACAUUCCUAUCCUUGGGGUUUAGUUUUUUAGAUGAGGAAAGUCCAGCUGAUUUUGGCAUGGCCAAUUUUAGUGGAUUCCAAAAUCUUCGAUUUUUGGAUAUGUCUAAUUGUGGGCUCACUGGACAGAUCCCAGUAUGGUUAUCUAACCUUAAGAAACUGGGGUACUUGAAUUUGAAUUUUAAUAUGAUCACAGGGUCAAUUCCAAGUUGGUUGGGUACUCUUCCAAGUCUCUUUCAUCUACAGUUGUACUCCAAUCUAAUUAUGGGUCAAUUUCCAAAAGAACUUUGCAGACUGCCAAUGUUGACAUUGAACCAAACCAUAGCUAAACUUGAUGAUUAUGGCUAUCUUACAUUACCUAUAUAUGAUGGUGAAACUUUUAAUCAGUUCAACUCUUUGCGUUACUUGCCUCGAGCGAUAGACCUGGGUAGCAAUAAUCUGAGUGGAAUUAUUCCCAACGAGAUUGGUCAACUACAGCUUUUGCGAGACUUAUACCUUACGUCCAACGAUUUCUCGGGUAACAUUCCGGACCAAAUAUCUCACUUGAAAAACUUAGAGAUUUUGGAUCUUUCCAUGAAUCGUUUGUCUGGAGAAAUCCCUGGUUCAUUGGCGAGUCUUAAUUUUUUGUCAUAUUUUAAUGUCUCCUAUAAUAAUCUGGAAGGACCAAUACCCAAAAGCACUCAGCUCCAGAGCUUAAGUGCCUCUGCAUUUGAGGGGAAUCCGGAACUUUGUGGUCGUCCACUUCCAAAUGAGUGUGGAGCAACUAAAGGCACUGAGAUGGAUGAUGAGGAUGACAAAGAGAUGGACAAAGAGAAUAAAACUCCAUGGUUUUAUGUUUCUGCUGCGCUUGGGUUCAUUGUAGGAUUUUGGGGAGUAUGUGGUUCAUUAAUUUUCAAGAAAACAUGGAGAUAUACAUAUUUUCGAUUCUUUGAAAAUGUACAAGAUUGGCUCUACGUGGGGAUAACAGUCGGUAUCAGGAGAAUGAAGAGAAGGAUUAAUUCUCAUUAGGAAAAUCUCUAGACCCUUUCAUAUCAAAUGGAAGCCUCCCGAUGAUAAUCAAGUCAAACUUUGAUGGUUCUGUCAAGCAUUUCAACUAGUUUUUGUAUUUGAGAUUCUCAUGGUAAUCCUAUUAUUGCGGCUGCUCGAAGAGUUGGUCAUGCUGGAGCCUGAACCCCAGAUUACAAUAAGCAUCAAGAGAACCUCCGGAAAUAAUACCAGGAGUCUCCACAAAGUCUAUGUAUUUUAACAAGCACCAAUUAGCAAAGAGUGCACGAAUGGCUACUCCAUUUGCUUUGACAUAGCAGUGACAUACCGGAAAGAUAAAUCUAUAACGAAGAAGUAUCAUUACAAAUAACACAUCUUUCCCACUAUGUUGCCGCAUAGAGAUAAAUCCGGCGACACUUCGUUUCAUCCUGCUGCUAGGAGGUUGCGUCUAUUUGAUCAAGCAAACAGCUCGCCGCCUCGCUAGGCCAGACAAGGCACACUUAGUGUGCAUACCUGGACAACGCCCACGUCUCCCUACCCUAAAAUGGCAGGGACCAAUAUUGUUGUAAAAAAUAUGGGACGGAAUUCCUGUGAAAAUAAAACACAGAAUAAUAUGGUAAUAUCUUGGGAAAUAAAAAUAAUAAUAUAGAUAGAAAAUAAAAUAAAG